ACGUUGCAAAGCGAGCCUUCCCUCCCCCGGACUAGGCCGCCUCCCAGUCUCCACCGGGCCGGGGCUGUCCGGACUGGCCACUCCCAACUGCAUCCGCCGCCGCCGCCGCCGCCAGCCAUCCAUCGCACUCACAGUGCUGGCUGGCUGCCCGAUGGCCGCCGUACCGCACCAAGAAGCUUCUUCUACUUCUCUUCCUCCGCCUCCGUCUCCGCCUCCCUCCCGCAUUUCAAAAGGAGCUAGCGCAUCGGCCGGCUGCCUUGGUGGCUGCUUCCCUUCCCUCCCCCGCUUCCCCUCGCACGGCUUCUCGGUGACACCUGAGCCCGUGGCUGCGCCCUAGUCCGUCCGCGCCACCCCCAGGCCAGAGCCAACCGGGAGACGCCACGCAGAGGGGGUCUUUUGGCGGCUUGCUCUGCCUCUGCCUCUGCCUCUGCCUCUGCCUCUGCUCGCCGCCUCGAACCAGCCAGUGCCCAUGCCGCGGAUGGCCAAGCUACUGCUCAAGCUGCAGGCAGUGGCGGCGGCGGACAGGAGGCACGGCCCCGGCCCCGGCCCCGGCUCCGGCUCCAGCUCCAACCGCCGCCACCCGCUCCUGCCCCGCCACGCGCCCGCCGCCGCCACCAGAUUCGUGCCCGCCUGCCUUGCCCUCUGCCUCCUCGCCCUCGCCGCCGCCGCCACCACGCUGGCGCUGGCGCUCACGCUCCAGAAUCACCGGCUCGGCCCCACCGACCCUUCCUCCUCCGCCGCCAUCUCGCCACGCGGCGGCUUCGCGGUGGUGAUCAACACGUGGAGGCGCCCGGCACUGCUGCGGAGGUCGGUGGCGCACUACGCCGCCUGCGGGGGCGUCGACACCGUCCACGUGGUGUGGAGCGAGCCGCGGCCGCCGCCGGAGACCAUGCGCGGGGGCGUCCUCGGCCUCAACGGCACCCGGCGCGGCGGCGCGGCCGUGCGGUUCGAGAUCAACGACGCCGACAGCCUCAACAACAGGUUCAGGCCCAUCCGGGGGCUCGCGGCGGACGCCGUCUUCUCCGUCGACGACGACCUCAUCGUCCCUUGCUCCACGCUGCGCUUCGCCUUCUCCGUGUGGCAGAGCGCGCCAUCCGCCAUGGUCGGCUUCGUGCCGCGGAUGCACUGGCUUACCAACCCGAGAGGUAGUGAAGAGGAAUACCGAUAUGGAAGCUGGCGGUCAGUUUGGUGGACUGGGACAUACAGCAUGGUUCUUUCCAAAGCAAGCUUCUUCCACAAGAAGUACUUGGAUAUGUAUACCAACCAAAUGCUACCGUCCAUUCGCAAAUAUGUGAAUGAGAACAGGAACUGUGAGGAUAUUGCGAUGGCUUUUCUUGUUGCAAAUGCUACUGGAGCUCCACCGGUAUGGGUGCAAGGAAGGAUAUUUGAGAUUGGAUCAAGCGGCAUCAGCAGUUUGAAAGGCCAUGGUUUGCAGAGAUCAAGAUGUCUCAACGCGUUCACUGCCAUGUACGGCCAUAUGCCUCUCGUAGCCACCACAGUCAAGGCUGUGGACAGCCGCCGGAGCUGGUUCUGGUGAUAUAUGUGCCUCUUCUAGUCUUGUUUGCCUCUCUUUUAUCUCCUCUUUUUUCGCUUUUCCCUUAGGUGCGUCCUAGCCAUAUUAAAAGGCUAGUCUGUCUCUUUCUGUGCAUAAUUCAUGCGCACCUAAGAACACAGGCUAUAAUUGUACACAUGGAAUUCAAACAUAGUGAUUAUACUCAUAUUGUUGAUGGAGUUAGUUAUUAGUUAGGUAUUUGCAAGGAGAUUGUUUAUGUAUGUAUGUAUGUAUGUAUGACAGCAAUUUUUUUUAGAUAAAGAUAUAUGACAGUGAUUAAUUCACAAAA